UUUAUAUCCACUGGGGGGCAGUAGUGUUUCUUUUUUACGGAAGCCACAGGAAGCAGAAGAAGAACGCUUUCCGCACAGAGGGAGCAAAGCAACUAUGGCCGGUGACAAGGGCCCCCUGGGCCAGCUCAAGGACCUGGUGGAGCUGAAAGACCAGCUAGAAGACAUUCAGAGACGGAUGGAGGAUGAGAUACAGGCUGGGGUUCCUCCGGGAGGCAGUGUGCUGGGUUCCCCUUUCCUGAAGGGUUUUCUCGCAGGGUACAUUGUUGCAAGGUUUCGGUCUUCAGCUUUGUUGGGUGUUGCCAUAGGGACGUGUACCGGUAUCUAUGCAGCACAGAAUUAUGCCGUUCCAAACAUUGAAAACACCAUCAAAGAAUACAUACACAACUUUAAAGGACGUUCCAAAUAAGGGGACGAAAAGUAAGAAGACUGGAAGAGCGGAAGAGACUAAGGGUGCCACUGCAAAUGGAAAAAGAUGCGUACUUGGUUUAAAACAUUUCUGUAGUUACCAUUCUAAGCUUCUGCUAUAGGGACCUGCUUAAGUAUCAAGCCAUUUUAUGGACUAUAUAUUUUAAAUUAAACAUAUUGACAGAAUCAUGAAAGAUAUCAAAACAAAGGGCACCCGCUAUUUUCUUUCCAUUCGUUCAAUGAUUGACUUUUAGACGGCUGCCUCAUUGAAAAUGGUCAUCAGUGAUCUCACCCCUAACCUCCUCACUAAAGAUGCGUUCUGAAGAUCCAUUGAUAUAUAUAAUGAUACCAACCAUUGUGCAGGAAGCUGUGCUGGCUAUUUCAUCUCUUUAUUGUUUUGUUUUUUAAAGGCGGUUCACACAUCACAGAAACUCAUCCCAUCCCUUCUGCUGUACGGUAUGGUCUCUUUUAGAGGAGAUGUGCUUGUUAUUGCCCUCUAGUGGUCAGAAAUCAAUUUGCACAGAGGGUGGUAAAGCUUCGCUCUCAUGUUGCCCUCCCGUUUCUAAUCUGUCCAAACCCUUCCUUUAUGGCGUGUCUGAGCAUCUGGUGUGUUGUGUCUUUGCGGGGUAAACACUUUCCACAUAAUAGGUCAAUUUUACACUUUGCAAAAGUUUUACUUUUCAAUUAUAUACCUCAUAUAUGUAGAGAUCCAUGUGGAAAAAAGACUCAAAUAAUACACUGUUCAAAUGAUAAAUAUUUCUCUAUAUAUAUAUUCCACCUUAAUCUCCUUUAAAAAAUGAAAAUGCACGCCUAAGUGAACAUUUUCUUGAUUUAAUUGCACUUGUUUUGCCAAACCAUGAAAGUGUUAUUUGGAUUAUUUUGUGAAAUAUAUAUUUAUAUAUUCUGAAGAGUGCCUACUCUGGUCUGAAUUAUCAUCUCAUACCAUGUGUGCAAUAGCUGGUCCUGGUGGUCUUUGGCUUCCUAUUUCGAAUGCUGGAAACUAGUUAAUCUUUUGCACUUGUAUGGAUUUUAGGGAUUUAGAAUUGUUACUUAGUCUUUCAAUUAUGUUAUUUUGUGUGCAAGAAAUAUCAAACCAAAUCUUUGAGUUGUUCCUUCUGAAAGGUGGAUACACGUCAAUUGUAUACCAUAAAUAAUGCUGGUGCUGCAGGAUACUCGCCUGAAAGCCUAAUGCAAAAAAUAAAAAACACAUUAACAAUAGCAACGGAUAAUACAGCAGAUAUGCAUUAUUUAUUUUGCUGUGCAGAUAUUUCACUUUAACCAAAAAAAAAUACUUUUUUUAGUUGGUGGGUGCAGGAACACACACUGCUUUUUACAGGCCCGCUUUUAUACACAGUCAGGCCUGUAAAAAGCAUCAGUGAAAAGACCCAUGUUUGAGUUCUGAUGGAGGUUGUGCUCCUUUUAGCUUGUAUUUUGACUGGAACACAGAAACAACUUGUGCCUAUUGACAACAUUAUGUUCCUGUCUGCAUCGCAUGCUCUGUUUCUUAAUGUCCUGUCUUAUAUCUUUGCCAUAUUUCCAUCUUUAAAUACUUGAUAUGCUUUGGAAGGUAGAAUAUGGGUCAAUUGUUUUAUUUCAUGGUCUUGUCAUCACAUGGUUUUACUCAGUUUGAAAUUCCUUUGUGAAAAGAAAAACGUCGUAAAUGUCUAAGGUUUUUAUUGGUUCAAAUAAAUGGGGAUAAUACAGUUUA